AUGAUUCGCUUCUUAACACAGUUCGUCAAGAAACUGGUCACCACAGCAACAAGAAAACUCAAUUCUGAAGCAGAAAACUCAAAUUCUGAAGUAGAAAACUCCAAUUCCGAAGCAGAAAACUCAAAUUCUGAAGCAGAAAACUCAAAUUCUGAAGCAGAAAACUCAAAUUCUGAAGUAGAAAACUUAAAUUCUGAAGUAGAAAACUCAAAUUCUGAAGUAGAAAACUUAAAUUCUGAAGUAGAAAACUCAAAUUCUGAAGCAGAAAACUUAAAUUCUGAAGUAGAAAACUCAAAUUCUGAAGUAGAAAACUUAAAUUCUGAAGUAGAAAACUCAAAUUCUGAAGUAGAAAACUUAAAUUCUGAAGUAGAAAACUCAAAUUCUGAAGUAGAAAACUUAAAUUCUGAAGUAGAAAACUCAAAUUCUGAAGUAGAAAACUCAAAUUCUGAAGUAGAAAACUCAAAUUCUGAAGCAGAAAACUCAAAUUCUGAAGCAGAAAACUCAAAUUCUGAAGUAGAAAACUUAAAUUCUGAAGUAGAAAACUCAAAUUCUGAAGCAGAAAACUCAAAUUCUGAAGCAGAAAACUCAAAUUCUGAAGCAGAAAACUCAAAUUCUGAAGCAGAAAACUCAAAUUCUCAAGCAGAAAACUCCAAUUCCGAAGCAGAAAACUCAAAUUCCGAAGCAGAAAACUCCAAUUCCGAAGCAGAAAACUCAAAUUCCGAAGCAAAAAACUAA